GUUGGCGACGGGAACAGCGAAAAUGGCCUCAACCCUGCCUGUGUGUAUGAAUAUUUGGAGAAGAUGACGACGAUGAGCCCAAUAACUUAUUUGAACACCAAAGUGUCUUCAGUAAACACCUAAAUAUUGCUUAGAGUGACUAACAUAUCGUGACCAUCAGUGAAAAAGAAGAAACAAAAGACUACACUGCAGCGGCAUUUUUAUUUUGUGUUGCUGGUGGUGGCGCUAACCGACGUUAGCUAUGGAGGAUAUCAACUCAAACAUCAACGCGGACUUAGAGGUGCGGAAACUACAGGACUUGGUAAAGAAACUCGAACAACAAAACGAGCAGCUCCGUAGUCGGUCUUCGUCUGGAGCAGUGUCAGGGAACCAUAGACCCCAUAGUGCAGGAUACGACUCUCGCUUAUCAGCCGCCUCAGCGGCGGGGCUGGCCGGCUUCCCUGGGGUGGGGUUCGGCGGAACUGGCUAUGGAGGGCUUUUGGAAAACUCCCGUUGUUUGAGUCCCAGACUGUCAUAUGAUGGCAUCAGUUCCAGGAGAGCAUAUGAGGGCGAGGGGGCAUCGGCUGCCACCUCUUUCACUGGCACCAAUUCCUAUUUUACUGACGCAGGGGAAACACUGGGGUUUAUGGAUGAAGGGGAAACUUCUAUAUUGGAUGAAGUAGAAAUCCUUGAUCUCGAAGACAUGGAUUGUCUUAACGAAGAUCAAGACAGCUGGCUGUAUGAGGCGAAGCUCAACAGCCCACUGCAGAAAGCCGUGAGUCCCAUUGUGUGGUGUCGCCAGGCUCUGGACAAUCCCAGUCCUGACAUGGAGUCAGCAAAACGCUCCCUCAUCCACAGACUGGACGUCACCAUGUCAGCAAACAAGCGUAGGAGCCUGUAUGGAUGUCCCUACAGUCCCCAGGUGAACUACGGAAGCCCAUACUGCACAAACACAGCUAACAGCCCCUACAGCAGUGGCUUCAACUCCCCCUCCUCCACCCCCAGCAGGGUGCCCAUCGUCAGACAGCAGCUGAUGCCCCCCGUCAACCAGGCUCACCAGCAGCAGCGUGGUGGCUCAGUAGAGAGAGAAAGGAACCCCCCAGCAGUCAGCCCUCAGUCUUCAAUAGACAGUGAGCUGAGCACCUCAGAGAUGGACGAGGACUCUGUAGGAUCCUCCACCACAUACAAGCUCAACGACGUCACUGAUGUACAAAUCCUGGCUCGCAUGCAGGAGGAGAGUCUUCGGCAGGACUAUGCUGCCACAGCUUCCAGACGGAGCUCUGGUUCGUCCUGUCACUCUCUGAGACGCAGCACCUUCAGUGACCAGGAACUGGACGCCCACAGUCUAGAGGACGAUGAGGAGGCUGUGCACCCCGCCUUCCACAUCCCCUCAAACCGCUUUUCCCCCUCCCCCAGACACUCCCCUCACGCCUCCCCCAGAAACUCCCCCCGCUCCCGUUCCCCCGCACGCUCCCUGGAGUACAGCCACCCCCACAGCAGAGGCUCCCCGCAGCCAAUCAUCAGCCGGCUGCAGGCACCACGUCACUCCCUGCAAAGCCACACCCCCCAAGAGCUGCAGACCAACGUGGUGAAGAACGAAGAAAAGCUGAGGCGGAGUCUUCCUAACCUGACCCGCUCCAACGCGGCACAGCAGGGCCCAGAGCCCGUCAAGAACAGCAGGAGCUUUGAGUCCAACCUGCAAGUGCCAAACGGAGGCUCACCCAGACACCAGGCAGUCAGUCAGUCUGCCAUCCCUUCUCCCAGUAAGCUGCGAACCCCGGCCACUCCGUCUCCCCUGGCCCUGAGGCAACCUGUGAAGGCCACGUCUACCCCUGGCUCUGGAGCCUCCACCCCCACACGCUCCCUGGGCCCAGCACGCAGCGGCCUGCCCCGGCCCAGUGCAGGAGGGGGGGGGGGCGGCAUCCCCGUGCCUCGCAGCAAACUGGCCCAGCCAGUACGCAGGUCUCUACCUGCCCCUCGGACCUACAAUGGUGGACGGGAAGGAGAUAACUGGAGGGAGGGUUGCUACUGAGGCUGGCCUGGUCAGCAGGGGGCACUGUGUGGCCCUCUGAUCAGCACAGAGGCAGACCAACAUUACAAUGCGGCACUUUAUCAACCAAGAUUACUUUUACCAUGAAUUAAGGAAUAAACUAUAACAAAGACAAAGUCAAAUUCGUCUUUUGUCUUACUAUCAUGAGGAACAUGAUCUGAACAGCUGAAGCAGCAUGGUGUGUGUCUGUGUGGAGAGGAUCUGAAGGGGCCAGGCAGUGCUGGGAGGCGGAAGCUUAGAGAGAAUGCCAAAGAAACCAGCUGAGCUCCAGCAUCCCGGUGCCACCAGAGGGCAUUCUCAUCUGCCUCAGUGUGUCUGUUCAGCAAUCAGUCAAUAAGUCUUCACAAAAUGCUUCUCAGUCUAUUUUUUCACCUCCCUCAGGUUGAAGUGUUUGUACAAAUUUCUCUUUUUGCAGUCUGUUCUCAACAGAUGCCUUUGUCAGAGAUCUCUAUGAUGAUGCUGUGCAUGUAAAAUGUUCCCUUAAUGUUAAAGAAUUGUGAACAUUUUACAAAGUUUUGUCAAAUCAUAUUUUUUUCCUCUUGUGAAUGAACUAGAAUGUAUUGAAAUGUUUGACAUUAUUUAUUCAAAUCAUUAUUUAAAGAGUUCAUUUUCCAAAUAUCCAUAUUCAGUAUUUGUUUUCUAUUGAUUUGAAUAUAUUUUAAAAAAUAAGAAAAAUCAAAACCUCUACUGCAAAGCUAAUUCUCCAAAGUAUUUUUUAGAUGGUUUCAUAACAGGACAUUUGAGUGUUGAUGUUUUUAUUUUGAUAACACAGGUGACUGGUAGAAACAGGCCAAAGCCCCAUCCCAGACCUAAUCAUAACUAUGGUUUUAACCUGUAUCGACUAUCACAUCUGUUUCAGGGCUGGCUAGUGAUGUUGAGCUGCGCCAGUCAAUGGCAGUAGUCACAAUCUCAAUCCAGAUCUACUUCUGGUUUGGUUAGUUAAUUCUAUUGCUUUCCACCAUUAGAUUAAUAUGCCAUUGCAACAUCCAGACAAUAUAGUCAGAGAUAUGUAAUCCCAGUGAAAUAUAUCAAAUCCAACCCUUGUAGCCGUGAGACCUAAGCAUGCAGCAAAGGCUUGAUGUAGUUCAUUUAAAACCUGCAUCAAUAUUGUCAGUGUAUGUUAUGUCAAGACGGAAUAAAUGAUCCUAAUAUCUUACAAUUAUAAUGGAAAAGUUCAAUAGGUUAGUGGCCAUUUCCACUUGUGCUUUAAAAUACAUCAGGAGUGCUGAGAUUCAUAGGGAUGGUAUUAGUGUGCCAGAAAUUAAUGAACUAGUGCCUAUUACUUUCAAGUGUAACUUUAUUUUGAAUGUGCUUUUUCUCUGUUAAUUUAUCCUCACGUGCCAGUGUCAUGGUUUGCCAAUAUCAUUUGUCUUUGUAUUUCUGCUUGAUUUUGUUUGGGCUAAUAUACUUUUAAUUUUGUAAUUGUAUCAACAAUACAUUUAUACUUGCUUUUGGAAAAAGUAUAUGCGCCAUGAUAUUUAUAACUAAUUACUCUCAUUCUUUAAAUGAAACUAUUUAAGAGCGAGGUGCCUCUGUAUGUCAAGGUUUGGAUUUAGUGGAACGCUUGGGCUAUUUUUGCGAAUACAUCCCACACCAUUUUGUGUGAUUUGUUUUUUCAUAAUGAUUUUUUAAAAUCCACCUACAUCACAUUCAGUUUCCCUGUGUAAACUCACAUUUCAAGUAAAAAAAAGUUGAACUGUU